AUGCUUAACCGCCUUGCUUUUUCCUUCCAGGACGAAGACAAGGAGCAGAAUACAGAUCCCGCACUGGAGAGGCAGGUAGAAACCAUCCGAAACCUCGUGACGUCCUACAUGAAAAUUGUUAACAAAACCCAGCGUGAUCUAGUGCCCAAAAUCACCAUUCAUCUGCUUGUCAACGAGGUAAAUCCGUGCACUUGCUUUGUCCACAUAUUCCUACGGAUUCUUACCUUUCACAGUGUCGACAAUGUAAGCUGCUUAACUGCCCUUUUACUGCUGGUAGGGUUUCCAAGUGAGGUCUUCGAAAGGUCCUUACGCAUUAUAGCCACCUACUUAAAUGUUUUAAGUAGGCUGAAUUACCCAUAA